AGGAUUGCACCCCUGCCAGCCGAACGAGGCCUCAGCCUCUUCUUUAACCCGGCACCUCCAGCAACCCUGUCUUUCCCCUCCACCAUUGCUCAGCCGAACCGAGCUCCUCCGCACGGCCGAUUCGUCGCGCCCGCGCCACCACCUCCAAGUUCGUCGUGCCUAGACCUCCGUCUCCACUCCAAGUUGACCGACGGCCGAACUCGCCAUCGCCGGCCUCGCGGCGCGGACUUGCCUCGUGCUCUCCAUAUGGAAGACUGUUGUACGGUCCAACCUAUUGUCUUCGUCAGUCUUGGACUGAUGUCAUGGUGUUUCAAUACUUGUGGUGAGAACCUCAGCGAUUUUUUUUUCAAUUACCAAAAUUCCUGAAAAUGCUCUUUAAGAUGCGUCAUCUUGGCUUCUUGCUCGUAAAUUUAUUGUAUUCAGAUUGUUCCAACAUUAGCUAAAGGGUUGUUAGCUUCGGUUACAAUUUUAAAAAUUGAGUCAGUUCUGAAAGUAAAACUUCCUCGGAGAAUUGGCGAUUUCGGUGGUGAAAAUGAUGUUUAUAGUCCAUAACACAGAUCCUCGCAAAGAAAAUAGUUGAUAUUAUAGAUAUUAUAUUUGGUUCCUAUACUUUUUCUUUUCAUUUUCGCGCCCUAAAAUGUAAUAUUGUAGUAUCAUAUAUUUUUCUAAGUCGUCAUUUUCCGAACUGCAAACACUUAAAAUAACUGUUCAAACAUCAUUAUUACCUUGAACCACUGGAAUGACACCAAUUACUUUGUAAUUCAGGUUUAUUGUUUUGAUCAUAGUUUGACUAUAAUACUGCCUAUUCCUGGUAAAAAUAUCUGCGGUUCAUUAUUUUUAAAUAUAUUAUCUAUGGAAAAUAUCAAAGUUGACUGUAAGAGCAACUCCAAGAAACCCCUUAUAACAAUCCGAAAACCAAAUUUAGGGAGAAAAAGAAAAAUUCCAAACUCCAACAGCUUCCCCAUCGUUACCCAAAAAAUACGACAACUCGAAUCUGACCUCCGUUCUCCCGCAUAUUUGCGCGAGCUGGCGCUUCCCCCAAUCGCCCCCUGCGCGCUCAUCCUUUCCCGCGCGCCAACCGUUUUCUGCUAGCGACGGCACGACCGAUUUCGGAAGGCGAGCGUCGACGGUGAGCUGGGCGAAGGUGCCAUCCACUUUUCCCCAACUCCAAAUCGGCAGCAAUCAACUCACCUUGGUUCCCAAAUCAACGCAGCUCUCCUUCCAGCGGCAGCGACGACCCGCCUCCUCACCUCCUCUGCGCCCCGCCUGCCGGAGGCUCCGUACCUCCGCUGCACCCGAGCGGCCCCCCUUGUUGCGCCCUGGCAGCCACCUCCCUUCCUCUGUGACGUGCCGGAGUCCAACCCGCAAGUCUCCCUCUUCUCCGGGGCAGCACGCGCGGAAGUAGCGUGGGAGAAGCACAUGUGCUCACGUGGGAGAGGAGUCCGCCGACGCUGAUUUUCCCGCUACCCACGAACUGUUAGACUCUGCUUUCUCAUGGUGAAAGAUAAGGCAUUCUGGCUGGGCGUCCAUGGCCGCGAGCGCCCACACAUGGGCUGCUCAAUGCCCUACGGCUGGGCAUGGCAUAGCACGUGGCCGGGAUGGGGAUGGGAUUCAACAGGUGGCGCUGGGGUAGUCCUCAUCCUCGUCUCGUCCCCUGCUGUCCUCUGCUUCACUUCUUCUAUAAAAUGGCAGAAGAUGCUUGGCUCUGCUUGUCUAGCAUUAGCUUCGGUUAACCUGCUUGUCUUCUCUCACACGAAGCUGGAGCACGAGGGACUUCAUGGAGCGAGACUUGGGCUUGAGACAGGUGGCAAUUUUUCGCCUGCUGCUGUGGUUUGAUCAUCAGAUGGAUCAUACUGUUGCAAGCGAUCGAAGGCCUUUAAUGUUGAGAGUUUGAUGUUGAAUUGACGUCGUACCAAUGGAUGAUAGAUGCUUUUCUGAGAGCAGGGCAGUCCCAGCGGAUAUAAUACGGUUCAGCACAGCCCAACUCUUGCAUAGGCAACCAUAGUGCGAAAGCGCGAAAACACUUCGGCGGAGGAACGGGGCAGCCCAGCUCAGGGUCACGCAUAUUGAUGCGGCAAAUUUUAAAAUAUUGGAUAAUUUAUUAUUGGGAAUCCGUUGUGGAAUAGCAUGAUUUUGGGCAAAGAAAUUUUUAAUAGAAUACCCAAUACAUGAUUUUGAGGAAGAAUUUUUUGAUAGACCCUCGGAGAUGCUCUAAAGUCCAGUAGACCACUGACAACCAUUGGCCACGUUUUGUUUACAAGUCUUUGCGUUUCCCAUCCAAGUAUUGAUCAUCCCAGCUGGUCUGUAGACCAGUCAGCGGGGAGAAGAUUCCAGGUCUACUUAAUUUUGAGUACGAGUGAAGGGGAAAGAAACACACACUUCAAGGCUCGGAGAGAUGGCUCAUGUACUCACCUUCUUUCUCGUGGCCCAUCAACUCAUCUUCCUGUCCAAUCCCGCUGCAAUUUUAGCUGCAGAAUCGGCCAACGGAUCCGAGAUCGACAGGCAAGCCCUCCUCUCCUUCCGGCAAGGCAUCACCAGUGAUCCCCUUGGCGUCCUGAGCUCAUGGGGCAACAACUCGCUCUACUGCAGCUGGAGAGGUGUUGCAUGUGGUAAGUCUCCUCCAUUCCGCGUCGUUUCACUGCAGCUGAACUCUCUGCAGUUGGCUGGGGAAUUGUCGCCUUCUCUUGCUAACCUUACCUCAGUAACACGGUUAGAUCUCGGAAACAAUUUGUUUUCUGGAGGCAUCCCUAAGGAGUUGGGCAAUAGCAUGUCCCUCAGCUAUGUCAAUCUUGCAAACAACAGUCUUACUGGUGUUAUCCCUCACUCGUUGGCCAGUAGCUCCUCACUCAGCAAGUUAAUCCUCUCACACAAUAACCUCACAGGAGCGAUCCCUACUACUUUGUUUACUAACUCAUCUAGACUUACUACGGUUGAUCUCCAGAGGAAUUCUUUGGCUGGUUUUAUCCCUCCAUUUGAUAAGGUCACAUCCCUCAAGUACCUUUGUGUUACUGAGAAUUUCUUUUCUGGAAGCAUACCUCCUUCAAUAGGAAAUGUUUCUUCUCUCCUCUUUAUGUUACUAGGCCAAAAUAUACUUACAGGAUCAAUUCCAGAAAGUUUGCGGCACAUUUCGAAACUUCUUGAACUGGAUCUGAGUUUCAAUAGCUUGUCAGGGCAUGUCCCCCUGCCUCUUUACAAUAUGUCUUCACCCAGAUACUUCAGCUUAGGCAGCAACGGCCUUGUUGGGCAGUUACCAUCUGACAUUGGUUACUCACUACCAAAUCUCCAAGUCCUUAUCAUGCAAAGCAACAAUCUGGUGGGCUUGAUCCCUCCUUCACUAGAAAACGCGUCAAAUCUCCAAGUUCUUGACCUUUCAAAUAACUCCCUGCAUGGCCGUGUUCCAUCUCUUGGAUCGUUAGCAAAAUUGCAUCAGGUGCUUUUAGGAAUGAAUCAGCUAGAAGCAUAUCAUUGGCAAUUCCUUGCCUCCCUAACAAAUUGCACCCAGCUGACAAAAUUGUCCUUGGAGGGAAAUAUGCUGAAUGGCAGCCUACCUAGAUCAAUCGGUAAUCUUUCCACAAGCCUUGAAUAUUUGUUUCUUGGGUCGAACAGAAUAUCAGGCUCUAUACCUGUUGAGAUAAACAAUCUUGUUAAUCUCACUGCGCUUAGCAUGGAAAACAAUUUGCUCUCAGGAAGCAUACCAACUACAAUGGGGAACCUCCAGAGCCUAUUUAUCCUGAACCUAUCCAAGAAUAAAUUAUCAGGUCACAUCCCUUCCUCAAUCGGUAACAUUAGUCAAUUAGGAGAGCUUUUCCUUGAUGACAAUGAUUUGAGUGGAAACAUACCUAGUAGUUUAGGUCAGUGCUCGAUGAUGCUUCAGUUAAAUUUGUCAUCUAACAGCCUUGGGGGAUUGUUACCAAACGAACUAUUUGCUGGUCCUCCCCUUCCUUUGGGUGUGGACCUGUCCUUCAACAAUCUUACAGGGGAAUUACCAGAUCGUAUUGGCCGUAUGGAAACUACUGUUCUUAUAAAUAUCUCCAACAAUCUGAUCAAUGGAAGUAUUCGUCCAGCUUUAGGGGUGUUGCUGUCAAUCCAGUACCUUGACCUUUCUUGGAAUGACUUAUCUGGUAAUGUUCCGGAAUUCCUCGAGAACUUCACUCUGUUACAGAAACUCGAUCUCUCUCACAACAAUUUUGAUGGACCAAUUCCAACUGGUGGCUUGUUUCAAAAUUCAACUGUUGUAAUUUUGGAUGGCAACAAAGGACUCUGUUCAAGGUCUCCCACACCACUAGCACUGCCAAUUUGUGAUGUCGCCACUGAAUCAAAGAACCAUGGUGUUGCGCUGCUGCCACUGAUAGUGAUACCAUCAGUUAUUAUUGCUUUAAUAUUAUUGUUAUGGUUUGUGGUGACUCUUUGGAAGAAAAGAGUGUUUGAGUUUCCACGGUGGGAGGACAUAUUGAGAAUUAUCCGUUCCGUUGUCCAGACAAAGAGAAGAGAAGUGCAAGCUUUUCCAUGCAGCAACAAUGAAACACUAAAGAAGGUUUCAUAUGGUGACAUCUUGAAAGCUACCAAUUGCUUUUCUACGGUACAUACAAUCAGCUCAACCCGUACUGGAUCAGUUUAUGUUGGUAGGUUCAAAUAUGACAGGAGCCUAGUUGCUAUCAAAGUAUUCAACUUGAAUGAACCUGGAGCAUAUAAGAGUUACUUUAUUGAGUGCGAGGUGCUGCGGAGCACCCGUCAUCGCAAUUUAAUGCGACCUGUUACCCUAUGCUCGACGUUGGAUACAGAAAACCAUGAGUUCAAAGCACUAAUCUUCAAGUUCAUGGUUAAUGGAAGCCUUGAAAGAUGGUUGCACUGUGAGUACUACAGUGGUAUGCCGGAGAGAGUGUUAAGCUUAGGCCAGAGGAUAUGCAUUGCUGCAGAUGUGGCUUCUGCUCUCGAUUAUGUCCACAAUCAAGUUACUCCUCCUCUGGUUCAUUGUGAUUUGAAGCCAAGCAAUAUUCUUUUAGAUAUCGACAUGACCGCUCGUCUUGGUGACUUUGGGUCUGCAAAGUUUCUAUUUCCAGGUCUCAUUGUUCCAAAAAGCCUGGCCGAAGUUGGAGGAACAAUUGGCUACAUGGCUCCUGAGUACGGCAUGGGCUCCGAAAUCACCACAGGAGGUGAUGUAUACAGUUUUGGGGUUCUUCUUUUGGAGAUGAUAACGGGAAAGCAGCCGACCGAUGAUUUUUUUAUUGAUGGACUUAACCUUCACAAUUUUACUGACUCCAUGUUCCCAGAUAGACUUGCAGAGGUUGUAGAUCCUCAAAUGGUGCGUGAGGAAUCCCAACCGUGUACAGAGGUAUGGCUGCAGAGCUACAUUGCCCCCCUGGUUGCACUUGGUCUGUCAUGUUCCAUGGAAUCCCCGAGUGAUAGGCCUGGAAUGCGAGAUGUGUGCGCCAAACUCUCUGCUAUCAAAGAAAGUUUUCUGAAGUCUGAUGCUGAAAUUUUGAACUCUCAUUGACAGUGCUGGUAGGAUGUGUGUAUAUAGUUACUGAUUCAUAAUUGUUAACUGUGUAAUUUGCAAUAGGAAAACUAUCUAUUUUACGGACUGAAACACUGGUGUGCAGAACAGAUUAAGAGAUGGCAUGUUAUUUGCCGAGAAGAUUACUCAUUCCUAUGCGAAUAGCUGGUAUUAAGCGUGAUC